AUGGCUCGACUGUCAUCGACGUCACCGUUCACCGCCGGCGCAUCCCCCGAGAAGGGCGCGGCCGAGCUCAGCCAACUCCUGCGACGACUCGACCACGCGAUCCUCCAUGCCGACCAGGGCCGCGAGCGCAGAUUACGGGCCAGCGAAUUUGAGCGAGCGAGAUUGAACUCGAACCUCGAAUAUGCCCGAAGUCUUCUUACUAGAGUCGAGCAGGAGGCGCUACACGUCAAGCUGCUCUCCCGGAGGCAGGAUAUGCAGGUCGACCUGAACCGUAAACGUGAACUUCUUGAAAGGCUGGUGGAUAGGAUGCAUGAUCUCGAACAGUUACACGAGGAUGAGGAUGACAACAGCUCAGAUGGAGAAGACAUCCUAGCCGAUAUCAUUCCGACACCGAGCGAAAGCAUGGACUCGCGAUCAACAGACAUACCCACAGACAACACCCCCGAAGACGACGACGACGACGACGACGACGAAGAACCAGAAAUACCGGACCUGCCUCCACCCGUAUCGGCUAUCCCCAGAGACCCGUCAGAGCCGCCAACGGCACCAGCACGAUCAGCAACAGAACCAUCACCAGCGCCGCAAACACGCACGACCCCCGACUCGGGCGGCACAACAACAACGCAGACCCUCCGCUCCCGCGGCCCAGCCCGCCCAGACUCUCCAUCAGCAACGACAACAGCCACAGCCCGCGCAGCCCUCUUCGCGUCCCGUCGCUCCAACACGAUGAAAUCCUCCGCCUCGGGCCCCGCGUCGUCGACGGCGACAGCCGAGGCGAUCCUGGACCACCAGCGCGCGGAGCAGGACGCGCUGUCCGAGUCGAUCCUCAAGAUGGCCAGCGCGCUGAAAGCCAGCUCGCAGAAGUUUUCGAGCACCCUCGAGCAGGAUAAAGGCGUGGUGUCGCGCGCGGCGGACGGGAUGGAUAAGACGGAGAGGUCGAUGGACGCGGCGAGCCGGCGGAUGGGUACGCUAAGGAAGAUGACGGAGGGGAAGGGGUGGUGGGGGCGGAUGAUUUUGUAUGCUUGGGUGUAUGGGCUCAUGGUCGGCUUGAUUUUGUUGGUGUUUGUGAUGCCGAAGCUGAGGUUUUGAGGGUACAUGGUAAAAGGGGGAUGGAAAAUGCCUAUUACCUAUGCUCAAGAAGAGGUUCAAGAUCGGGUUUGACAUGUCUACAGGGGCGUUGGGAUAACAAAGAGGGCUCCGUCUGCGAAUUGGAUGCGAGGGGGCAUGGCAUAAGCGGCACUACCAAAUGCAAAGAUGGCCUUUUUCUUUGAUUCAAAGAUUUUGCUCAUUCUAUCCCUUCAAGCUUACUGGUAUACUAAACUACCCCGUACCCAGAAACUACAUCAAACACCAACCCAAGCCGCACAAAAGACAAAAGCCAGCGCAGCAAACCCCAGAAUAAGGCCGCGUUGUACACUCCCCACUGACGCCGACUGUCCCAGCGCCAAAGCAGGUGAAGGCGAGGGCGGAACCGCAAACGUAGAGGUCUUGAUCGGUCUUGACGACGAAGACGCCGAGGGUGUCGCCGUCGUCGGGGUAGCGCAGGGCGU